AAGGUUAUUUACGAAGAUAUUAAGCAAGCCAUUGGAUUGCUACAUGAGAAAAACUUUGUGUUUGCGGAUCUCCGCGCUUCAAAUAUUUUGAUUAUUGACACAGAAGAAAAUCAGCGGGCAAUGCUCGUCGAUUUUGAUUGGUGUGGAAAAAGCGAUGAAGACAGAUACUCUCCGUCAAUGAACAAGAAUAUAUCGUGGCCUCUCGGGGCAAAACCGCGCACCUUGCUCAGAAAAGACCAUGACCUUUAUUGGCUUGAUGUGUUG